AUGAGGUCCUCCAUCGGGGUCGCGGAGGCCAUUUUGGCGGAGACGGAGAAGAGACGGCGCGGGAACUGCGAUGGGAGGGUGAGAUUUGAUCUAAUGCUGGCGCUGGCUUCGAGGCUCUUGCGACCGUGUCUGCGCGUCAAUGCUGUCGCCAGACCGGUGUCAACGGCGUGUGCGCGGCUCUCGACGCUGCCGAAUCUUCCUCUCUUCCGCGCCCUGCAGAAUCAUGAUCCGGCCAGCUUAGCGGUGGAACAUAGCAGUUCGUCUCGUGCGUUCACAUAUGGAAGCCUUGUGGCCGAUGUGUCACGCGUUCAGCGCGAUCUCGAACUUCACGCUGCUAAAACCGCCGGGAACCUAGCCGGAGAGCGAGUCGCGUUUCUUGCAGAGAACAGCUAUGACUACGUAGUGACGCUCUUGGCGAUCUUUGCCAGUGAUGCCAUCGCAUUGCCUCUAUCUCCGGCCUUUCCUGUGAGCGAACUCCAAUAUAUCUUGGAUAACUCGCAGGCAAAGCUCCUCCUGGCAACAGAGAAAUACGCAGAGAAAGCUACCCAAAUUGUCAAUGCCGGCCUUAAACGGGAGCCUCUUCUAGAUAUCCGGCGGAAGAUCCAUGCUGGGGCCAAUCCUGAGCCUGUUGAACUGGAAGAUAUGAACCAAUCAUCCUCCGGAGGCAUGAUGCUCUACACUUCAGGCACUACGAACCGACCAAAAGGGGUUCUCAUCCCAAAUUCCGCGCUCGCGGCACAAGCAUCCUCUCUCAUAUCUGCUUGGAACUAUUCCCCCCAAGAUCGACUUCUUCACCUCCUGCCGCUCCACCAUAUUCAUGGGGUAGUCAAUGUGAUCGUUGCUCCUAUAGUGGCAGGAUCCUCCAUCGAGUUCAUGUACCCCUUCAAUCCAGAACAAGUCUGGCGGCGUCUAGCCGCUUCAUUCCCCUCUGCAGCUUCCACUCCAAAACCCCAAGUCACCUUUCUUACCGCCGUCCCUACCAUCUACACUAGGCUCAUGUCCACAUUCCCUUCUCUUCCCCCAGAGAUCCAAACUGCAGCCAGAAAGGCCAUCUCCCCAGAGCAUCUCCGCCUCAACAUCUCCGGCUCCGCCGCUCUCCCCACUCCCACCAAAGCAGCCUGGAAAGAUCUCAGCAACGGAAAUGUUCUCCUAGAACGCUUCGGGAUGACCGAGGUCGGGAUGGCGAUAAGCUGUGGCCUCGACUUCUGCGACCGCGUCGACGGCAGCGUCGGCUGGCCUCUUCCCGGCGUGGAGGCCCGGCUGGUCGAUACAGACACCGACGAAGUCAUCCCAGAGACCCAGGAGCGGGAUUCCAGUGGCCGGCUCCGAGAAGGCGAGAUCCAGCUGCGGGGGCCUUCGAUCUUCCACUCCUACUGGGCGAACGAGGCUGCCACGCGCGAGAGCUUCGUGGCUGAUUCGCAUGGCGGGUCGUGGUUCCGGACCGGUGAUGUAGCAACGAGACGGGUCGUCGACGGGGCUGGGUCGGGCAGCAGCGGGGAAUGGGCGAAGGGCCCGAUGUAUUUCAUCAGCGGGCGGAAGAGCGUCGAUAUUAUCAAGACGGCUGGGGAGAAGAUUAGUGCUUUGGAGGUGGAAAGGGAGCUGCUUUCUUUGCCUCAGGUUGCAGAGGCGGCGGUCGUCGGCUUGCCUUCUGAGCAGUGGGGACAGAAGGUUGCGGCCGUUUUGGUCCUGCGGGCUGAUGCUGCGACGAGCGGACGUAAUGGGCGUGCUUGGGGACCAAUGGAUAUGCGGCGGGCCCUCAAAGAUCGGUUGGCAUCGUACAAGAUUCCUCAGGAGAUGAAGGUUUUGGAUAGUAUUCCGCGCAAUGCCAUGGGCAAAGUGAACAAGAAGGCCCUCCUUAAAGAAGUCUUUGGUGUAUAG